AUGGGCAUGACAUCUCUACAAAAUCUACCUUCCGAAUUACUCUUCAAUUGUCUAUCAUGGCUUCCCUUGCGAGAUCUGGCCACCACUCGUACUGUAUCAAUUACACUCCAACACUUCUGCGACGACCCUUUUUUCUGGCGUCAUUUGUGGCUUGAGCCACCAGAAAAGCCGAGCAAAUCAAUUGCAUUGUGGCAACUUCCCGAUCUAAAAGCACUUAUUGAACCCCACCUUGAGCACAUUCAGUCAAUUCGUAUCCGGGGCGUUCGUGACAAUAUCGUGCGCUACAUUCUAAACAACUGCCCAAAUCUCGAGGAGCUUACGAUCUGUGGCUGGACCACACUCUCUGACCACGCCUUCAAAUUCACACAACCACUAUCAUCAUUAAGGCGCCUAGAACUCGUUGGUGCGGCAAAUCAAACGAAUUUCACUUCGCUCGAUGCAACCACACUCGGACGACUCCUGACACGCUGUCCAGGAUUGACGGAGCUUUUAUUGGGCUGUCAAGUUCACAUUCAUGCCCCCACGUUUAUAACCCUGCUCAAGUCAACCUCAUGUCUUCCCUUACGAUUCCUCACAUUGGCAACGCGCCGCACAUGGUCAAGUCAGCAUCUGGCUGAUCUAAUGAUACUCUGCCCCAGACUGGAGUGUGUCAGCUUACUGUCUGCAGCCGCUGCAGGUUUCAAUAUCAAAGAAAAGGAUACCUUGGGCGUACAUUCCUGGAUAGCCGAAAAGCACCACCUGUCUGUUGCUCAUCCAGACACACGGCUAGACGAGGACGACUGGACAGGGGUAUUGGCAGAAGAUGUGACCUUACAUCGGUCACUAUUUUGUUAA